GAGGGGAUACGAAUGACCAACGACGUCCCUAUCCAGACCCUGAGUGUCCGGUUCGACGCCGUGCCGCGUGGAACGAUUACACAUAUCUUUCUUUAUUUAUUCAUUUUCUUUCAUUUCUUACAUUUUUUUCUUCGUAUUCCCUCCAAUAAAUCCAGUGGUCAUUCGUUUCAAUUAAUUAAACAAUAAUAAUAUUAAUAAUAAUAAUAAGAAGAAGAACGAAAAAGUUAUUCCUUCAGCUAAUGUAAAAGUUCUCAUGUUUAUGUAUUUGUAUAUCACAUAUGGUUAUCACUGAACUUAAAUUUGAAACAUUGUCCGAUAUAAACAAAAGAAAAUAAUUGGCGAUGGUGGUGAGAACAAUAAAUAAAGAAUUAUUUAUGUUAAUAUCGAUUGGAAAGAAGGAGACACAUUGGACCAAUAAUCAUCAUUGUGUACCACUAUUACUAUUAGUACUAUUACUACUACUAUUACGGUCCAGUUAAUAUCAACGUCGGUGGUUUAGCACCAGUGCUUUGGGUGAAAGUGGGUAGCCGGUGUAGUUCGCGGAAUACUCUCGAUUGUAUUUACGAUCGUAUACAGUUCGAGACGAUAAGUAAGUAUAUACUAACCAUCUGUGCAAUAAUAUCCGAAAAAGAAGGAAACAAGAGGUGUUAUUUUGGAAGUGUGCUGCAACUUGGUACCAAAGUUUUAAUAAGAAUUUAAGCGAAUUUAACGUCAACUAUACGUACUAGAUAUGAAUAUUUUCAUGAAUUAAUAUAUUAUAGGAUGAGAAGUGAACAAAAUGUUGAUAUAAAGAACAUAACAACCAAGAGAUUAGAUAUUAGACGUACUGAAAAAAAACACAGUUCCUCGAGUUCUAUUUAUUAUCGCAUAUGAAAGAGAAUAAAAAUAUAUAAAUAAAGAUGGAAGAAGAAAAUACGAGUACGACGUCUUCGAUUCUUUUGAUGGCAAAAAUUGGUGCCAUGAUUGGUCUCGGUUUUGGAUCACUUAUAUUGGGUAUGUUACCUCUGAUAGUUGGACGAUGCAGGACGAAAUUGAAUCGUCAGAAACGAUGCCACGGCAUCUCCAUUAAUUCGAGUAAUUCAACAUCGACGUCAACCUCGGCAUCGCAAACAUCCUCCUCGUUCGUCGAUAACGCAGCGAAUUCGCAAGGACUGUUGACUUCGCUGUUACUCUGCUUCGGAGGUGGAGUUCUUCUUUUCACGACAUUCCUACAUCUAGCACCGGAGGUACGACUAAGUGUCGAGACACAUCAAUCUAAUGGUCAACUACCAAUAUUAGGAACACUAAGUUUAUCGGAAUUACUUUUCUGCGGUGGAUUCUUCCUGGUAUAUUUGGUCGAGGAAGCCGUACACGCGGCAUUAACUGGGAAACCUGAGUCCUCCGAAGCUCUACUUUAUAGAACAGUAUCGGUACGUCGAUGUAACAAUCAAACUGGUGUAACAACGUCUGCAGCAAGUGGUUCAACUACGACUGUAUCAACGACGACUAGAUCUACUUGGAAAGAUGACUGCGAGGAUGGUGAAAAAUUGGAUCGACGUUCGAGACAUCAAUUGGAGGAUAUGUGCGGUAUUAAGAAUGAUAAAGUAUUGCCAGCCAUAUUCGUUCUUUCAUCAUCGACAGGAGGAUUAUCAACACAGAUCGGUGAUCAAAGAGACAAUGAUAGACACCAAUCAGAUCCAGAAUUAGCUGUUGAUGUUGCUACUGCUUAUACAUCCCAAGAAAAUCAUGAACAUAAACACUCGAUCCUAACGAAAAAGUCAUCCGUCCAAGGUUUAUUAACCGUUCUGGCUUUAUCCUUUCAUGCUAUAUUCGAAGGACUUGCCGUAGGAUUGGAACCUUCCUUGAGUUCUGUCGUUUAUCUUGCUGCAGCUAUUGCCACUCAUAAAUUGGUUAUAUCCUUUUGCGUUGGUAUGGAACUUUAUGUUGCCAGUGCAUCAACCAGAACAACUUUGGGAUACUUAACAGUUUUCUCGAUGGUAACACCCAUCGGUAUCGCAGUUGGACUAGCUCUUAGUCAUUUCAAAAACAACAGCGAUACUUUAGGACCUACCCCAACUAUACUUCAAGGAAUGGCAGCUGGAACUUUACUCUAUGUUGUAUUCUUCGAAGUAUUAGCACGAGAAAAAGCAAACGAAAAGAGUGGUCUUCUACAAUUACUCGCGAUUAUUGUUGGUUUUAUGCUGAUGCUGGGUCUACAGAUUGCCACCGCCCACUCGCAUUCGCAUUCUCAUUCGCAUUCGCAUUCCUCCCAUCAUGAACAUGAGGAUGAGCACGAGAAUGAAACUGAUCACGCUCACGAAAUUGGCGGGAAAAUGGAAAACAAGAUGGAUACACAAAGGAUAAUGGGUGAUGCUAUCGAAAAAGUUACGCAAAAUAUUGUCGACGUACUAUCGAAAAAUUUGACGUCUCCUACGAGUCCGCAAACGCAAGAGGAACAUUUUCAUCGACAUGAAAAUAAUUUGAAUGAUACGACUAAUAUUUUAUUAUCAUCGACAAAUCGUACCGCGUGAAGUAAACGUUUUAUCGAAGAACAUUUCAAAUGUCUCGAUUUCCAUUGAUCAAUUUUACUUCGAGAAAAAGAAUCGAACCUUCGUAUUACAAAGAAUUAUGUGGAAGAUCAUUGAAUAAUCUUUUUAUGAUGAUUCUUUUAUGAAUAUUUUAACGAAGGAUAUUUUGAUACCACGUGUACAUUUAUGUGUGUGUGUGUGUGUGUGUCUGUGUGUAUAUGUAUGUAUAUGUGUGAAAAAGAGAGUAUACGAAAGGAUUAAAGAGAACGCAAAGAAGAAGAAGAAGAAGAAAAAAUAGUGCUCGAAGAAGUUUCUUGCCAAUAAUGAAAGUUCGAUUAUAAUCAGACAAUUUUUCUACCCUAUGUGUCGAUAACUCAUUUUUCCAGCCGAUGCACUCGUAGUCUCGCUAAUUUCAAUUAUUCGAGCGAAAUAUGUGGCCUUUUUGCGAAGUAAUUGAUGUUUCGAUAUUUGUUUGUACUAACAUGUAGAACGGUCGGUAAUUUAUCGGUUGUUAAAUUGUGUUAGAUUUUAUUUUAUCCGUUUAUUUAUUAUGAAAAUUUAUCAAAAUCAUGACUAAUUGCUCGAUUAAUAAAAAUAAUGUGUAUUUGUGUGAGAGCCAUUUUGCAUUCAUGAUUAAAUAAAUUUUAAAAAAUCAUUUUGAAACUUAAAAUGGCGCGUUAUUCAAACGUUUAAAUUGGUAUGAUUCUUUUGUAAUAAAUUAAGUUACACGAUAAUUUAGGCUGUUAUAUACAAAUAUACCUCUCGUUUUCUUGUUAAGAAAGAUGAAAUUUGAAUUAAAUUUGGUUUCAUCUUUUUUUUCUUUUUCUAUUGUGAAAAAUGUUAAAUAUAUAUUUAAUAACAAUAACCGAAAUAUCGCAAUUAUAUUGAUGAUAUACGAAACACUUAACUUAAAUGAUCAUGAUUCGAGUCAAUUAUAUUCCUAAUGUACUUCUUCAGCACUCAUCCUUGUAUUUUGAUUAUUUAUUGUCAUUUAUUUUCUAUUGCAACAUUACUUGCACGAGAUAUUCCUAUAUAACUGACUGAUUUUAGUCGAAAUACAUAUCGAGUGUCUUAACGAUGUGUUGCAUAUUCAUUACGUUUAAUAAUUAUAGUCAAAAUAUUAGAUAAUUACAUUUCCCUACUUUAUAACAAAUUAACAUAUGUACCACAAAGCAUUUACCAUCAUCUAACAUGUUCAUUUGUCAUUUGAGAUCAAUCGAAUUAACGUUCUUUAUAAUAUAAUAUUGAAUGAUAUUGACAUUAGUUAAUGUUUAAUAUGAUUUUUCUUUACUUAAAUAUUGUUAAACUAAAAUUUGAAAAAAAAAA